UUUAUUGGCCACGUUCUCCGCUCACAUGCCCUAAGAUCUCGCCCUUUUCCCUGGCUUCUUCCGGCCGCUAUGUCCACAUGUUCCACACGCUGUAUCUGUAGUACCUUAAGUGUGUACAGAGAAAUGGAGCUCCCAAUCAAAUCCAAGUCAAGCUUUCCUCUUUUCCUUUUCCGCAUCAAUUCAAAUUAUCAAAAAACCCAUCAUCUCAUCCCCACAUUUCUCUCCCUCUUUGCUUCUCCGCUUUUUCAAUUGCUUCAGUAAUUUCGUAGUUCGAUUUUAACAUACCCGUGAAGUAAUCCGCAUUUCUAGCUGUAAAGAUUCUCAAAAACACAACUCUGCGCCCACUGAAAUGAGUCUAUGUCAAUCGUUGUAUGUCCUUUCUUGCAGAUAUGAAGUGGGGAAGCGAUCAAACGAGAAUGCGAUGCUGAGGAGAGGCGGAAAUUUAUAAUGCCAAGGAAGUACAUUCCCUUGGACAAAUUUAUCAGUGAUGUUGUAAGAGAUUAAGUGUAGAUAUUGGUUGAGAAGAAGGAGAAAUAAGUUGAUAUUGUCAUGAAAUAUGACGUCGAGGCAAAGGCAUAGAAUGGUGACGAUGGAGAGUCUCAUAAUGCCCACCAAGAUCCGGAAAAGGGGAUGCUCAUCCUCCUCAUCUUCAUCGUCAAGAAUUCAUAAUUACAGGUUGAAUAAGCGGGCAAUUCUGGUGGGCAAGAGCCGGGCCGGGCUGGGAAUCGGACUGGGAGGGUCCAGAUCCAGCACCCCGGUGCCAACAUGGAGAACCACCCCUCUGAAGAGCGCCAUUGACUCUCCCAAGUAUUCUCAGAGUGGGAAGUCCACUCAACCUGUAUCAGCCCGAAGGCUGGCGGCCACCCUGUGGGAAAUGAAUGAAAUGCCCUCGCCGAAAAUGAGUGAGAGUCAUUUGGAGCUGAUGAAGCAGCAACAGAAGAAGAAUGGGAGUAAGAUGGUCUUUAAGAGGGAGAAAAUGCAGUUCGAGUGGGGGUUGCACUCGGGUUCAGGUUCAGGUUCUUUGCCACCUCAUUUGUCCGAUCCGUCAAACAGUCCGACCGUGUCAGAGAAAAUGGAUCGAUCCAGAACAGGUGGUCGUCUGAGGACGCCAUCAAUUUCUCAGAGGCUUAGGUCUGCACAACAAAAUGCUGCAGUUUUUGAUUCUAUCAGCAAUGCUAGUUUUAUGGAGAUUGAGGCUAGAUCCUGUGCCCCAACAUCAAGUGGAUCCGUUAGCGGCGGUAGGAACCGUCUGAAGGAUAUAAGUAAUGCUUUGACUACUUCUAAAGAGCUGCUGAAAAUUAUCAAUCGCAUUUGGGCUCAUGCUGAUCAACCUUCAUCAAGUGCAUCUGUUAUCUCGGCACUGCAUGCAGAGCUUGAGCGAGCUCGCCUGCAGGUUAAUCAACUUAUCCAAGAACAACACUCGGAUAGAAACGAGAUUAACUAUCUGAUGAAAUGUUUGGCUGAAGAAAAGGCAUCAUGGAAAAAUAAAGAACGCCAAGCGACUGAAGCAGCAAUCGGGUCCAUUGCUGGUGAACUAGAGGUCGAGAGGAAGUUAAGACGUCGACUUGAGAGCUUGAACAAAAAACUGGGAAAAGAACUAGCAGAAAUGAAGUCGUCAUUCAUGAAAGCAGUUAAAGAACUGGAAAGUGAGAAGAGAGCAAGAGAGAUAACAGAGCAGGUAUGUGAUGAAUUAGCAAGGAACAUCGAUGAAGAUAGGGUUGAAGUGGAAAAGCUAAAGAGCGAGCCCGUUAAAGUUCAUGAGGCAGAAAAAGAAAGGGAGAUGCUGGCAUUAGCUGACAAGUUGCUCGAAGAGAGAGCCCAGGUGAAAUCCGAGGCUAAACAUCAAGUUGAGGAGAAACAUUCUGCUAUUAGCAAACUGAGAAAACAAUUGGAAGUUUUCCUGGGAACAAGACGAGAUGAGGAUGAAGGAAGAGCAACAUAUUUGAGUAAGUUUAACAUUAGCUCUGAUCAGAAAGAACAAGAAGAUGGCGAUGCUAUAGAUGACACCAAAGAAGAUUCAGUAGAAAGCAAUGUUCAUUCGAUUGAACUGAACAUGAACCAUAACAACAGAGGUUACAAGUUGGCUUAUACCUCUGCCGUUGGUCAUGAGUCGAGGAAAUUACCCAUUGAUGAAAUCAAAGCUAGGAACUCCAUCUCUGGACAGGUUUCGCGGAGGAGCACCUCCCUUCAGAGGAGUGUAUCAGAUGGAGUCGAAUGGGAUAUUCAAGGUGCAUGUCAUCGCAACUCGGCAGAUGGUUUAGACAGGGAAAGGGUUCAUGAAAUCGAGAAGGAAGCUCAAAGAAGAAGCUAUCUUGAAGAGAUGCAGCAGAGAUACAACAAACCCGUCAAGGGUCUUAAGGAUCAUAUAUCACUGAGUUCCCGGUUAUCGUCAGCCAGAGACUAUCAUAGUCCUACCCAACAAAGGGAGCAAUCGCGGCCCUUGAGAGAUCCCCUUGGUACAGUACAUGAAAGGCAUAGUGCAAUUCUAGCUAUGGGUUCCAAGUCAAGAACGACAGACGUCAAAGGGGAAGGCCAGAGUACCCGGAGAUCUAAAUGGUGAGUUCAUCAGUGCAUAAACUAGCUAUUUCUGAAGACAAUAUGAAUCUUGGAGGUAGUUCAAUCAGGUACUGCUAAAGCUUAGAAACAUCAAGAAAUUAACAUCUUGUUGGUUCAUGCUCUUACAUUGGGAACAUCCCGAUUCAGUACUUUAUGCACCAAAUAGGUGCAAUCUAUAUGUAAUUCUUCUUUCUCAGUGGAA